GGAGGAGUGAAGAAGAAGAAGAAGAAGAAGAGGAGGCUGCUGUAACUUUCUACACUUUUCUCAAACUCAGACUUUUUUUUUUUUUUUUUUUUUUUUUUGCACGGCCGGACUUUGCUUUAUUGGAGCGGGACUCGCCGGACUCGCCAGAGUGAGCGGGAGUCUCAAGCCGCCGAGAAGCGCAUCCUCCUUCCCCCCCCGGUCUACCCGCCAUGUCCAUGCUGCCCACGUUCGGCUUCACGCAGGAGCAAGUGGCGUGCGUGUGCGAGGUGCUGCAGCAGGGCGGCAACAUCGAGCGCCUGGGCCGCUUCCUGUGGUCGCUGCCGGCCUGCGAGCACCUCCACAAGAACGAGAGCGUCCUCAAAGCCAAGGCCGUGGUCGCCUUCCACCGGGGCAACUUUCGGGAGCUCUACAAGAUCCUGGAGAGCCACCAGUUCUCGGCGCACAACCACCCCAAGCUGCAGCAGCUCUGGCUCAAGGCGCACUACGUGGAGGCGGAGAAGCUCCGCGGGCGGCCGCUGGGCGCCGUGGGCAAGUACCGCGUCCGCCGGAAGUUCCCGCUGCCGCGCUCCAUCUGGGACGGCGAGGAGACCAGCUACUGCUUCAAGGAGAAGAGCCGCAGCGUCCUGCGGGAGUGGUACACGCACAACCCCUACCCGUCCCCGCGCGAGAAGCGGGAGCUGGCCGAGGCCACCGGACUCACCACCACGCAGGUCAGCAACUGGUUCAAGAACCGCCGGCAGCGGGACCGCGCGGCCGAGGCCAAGGAGAGGGAAAACAACGAGAACAACAACAACAACAACAACAACAACCCACUGACUUCCUCCAUGAACGGAAAUAAAACUCUUUUGGGAAGUUCGGACGACGACAAAACGCCCGCAGGCACGCCGGACCACCACACGUCAUCGAGCCCAGCCUUGAUGCUGGGCUCCUCCGCCGGCCUGCAGCCCUUGCACGGCCUGGCUCCUCCCCCGGGGCCCAGCGCCAUCCCGGUACCGGGCGGCGGCGGCGCCGGGGACUCCGUGCUCCAUCACCACCAUCACCACCACCACCAUCACUCCUUGCACCAUGACUCCAUUCUGAACCCUAUGUCGUCCAACCUGGUGGUGGACCUGGGCUCGUAGAAUCAUGGAAGACUUUCUUUUUUUUUUUUUUUUUUUUUUUUUCUAGAACGUGCCAGUGGAAUUUUAGAAAAGCAGCACUUAAAGGACUAUAAAAAAAAAAAAAAAAAAUUGAUAAAAGGACGGAACCGGCCGGUCCACUUUCAGUCCAUUUU